GAAAUGCUGAAAAGAUUCGCAAUCUCCCGAGAAUGAUAACGUAAAGAAGCAGGCCAAGCAUUGUGUUUCAAACACAGCUAGCAUCGAUCAUAUCUUUUCCAUUCCAAGCAAAAAAAAUCACCUUCUCUAUGUGGAGACUCCACUUACUUUGGAUUGUGCAUUGGAAACUUCUCAGUUUAGCAUCAGCCCAACUAAACACUUGGCUAAAAGCCCGACGACUGUAAGAGAUAACCACUCCAAGGCACCAAAAUUGAAGUUUUUAAAUUUAUAAAAUCAAAAAAGUAUUGACAAAAGUGUAUAAUGAAUAAAAAGUGAGGUUUUAUAUUUUGGGAUUUUACAUAUUAGUAAUACUGUAUAACACAAAACAAUUAAUAAGAGUGAAAUUUUAUAUUUGAGAAAAUAAUUGGGCUGAUUUCGUAGCCCACUCAAUCACCAACUACGCUUUAGUCCCUUUAUAUAUGGAAACCCUAGCCUAGAAAGUGAACAAGAAAAACGUAAAGGUCAAAAUGGAAGAAAACAACGGCACCAACCACCACCAGUGGCCGCAACAAUCGUCUUCGCAACAGCUGCCGCCACCAUCCUAUUCGCAACCACUGCCGUCGCCGUUGUAUUCACUGCCGCCGCCGUACUCACUGCAGACACAGACACAGAAUUAUUGGAUUGAGCGGACGGGAAACGCCUCUGAUGUUAAACAUAAUGAGUUUCCACUAGCGAGGAUCAAAAAGAUUAUGAAGUCCGACGCGAACGUGCAAAAGGUCACUGCGGAAGCUCCCAUCCUAAUAUCGAAGGCCUGUGAGAUGCUCAUUCUUGAUCUCACAAUGCAAUCUUGGCUUCAUACCGUGGAGGGCAGACGCGAAACGCUCAAGAGAUCCGAUAUCUCCGCCGCAGUGACUCGUGAUUUGAAAUUUACCUUCCUUGGCGACGUUGUCCCAAGAGACCCGUCCGUCGUUACUGCUUAUCCCGUGCCCAAGCCGCAUCCUGAGGGUGAAGUACUUCCGCCGGGAAUGGUGAUAGGACAUCCGGUGUUUGGUUGUAAUUGUACGUACGCGCCACCGCCGCAGAUGCAGGAGUGGCCGGCGGUGCCUGAUGACGGAGAGGAGGCAGCUGAGGAAAUUGGAGGAAGCAGCGGCGGGAAUUGAAAAGUGUUGGGUUUUAGGGUUGUAAUGCUUUUGUGAGAAUUUGUAUCUCUAUUGACUCAUGUUCUUGUUGUUAUAUAUGUUUUGUUUUCGUUUAUGUCAUGUGUUUUGUUGUUGUUGAUGUUAUGUUUAGUCUUUCAUGUGUUUAUUGAUGAAAUAAAUGUAUGGAAGACAAUGGAAUUUUAGUUAAUUCUUUUUUUUUUUUUUGCUUUAGAUUAGAUUAUGCCAAGGAAUCACCAAAAUUUUUUUGAAACCGAAUUUUCCAGCAUUUGAUUUUAAAAUGGAUUUUCGUGCGAAAAUUCUAUUCCGAUUUGAUUACGGAACGGAAUUUAGCGUCCAAACCACUGAUAUUUUAUUAAAGUUUUCUAAAUUUGGCAUGAGUUGUUUUUCACAUCUUUUUUUCAAGAUAAGAACAACAUCUAAUGUGUAAAUAGAUCUUACGAGAAACAUAUUAUUUAGAAGAAAUCCUUGGAUCUUUCAAUUGUAACCUUGAUAUUCAACAAAGUUUGGCGCGCAAACCAUAUAUUCAAAAAUGUGGAUGGCUUGAUAAGCUGUUUUGAGAAGAAACUCAAUGGUGAAGUAGAUUGGUAUGCUGUUUUGAUAAUAACACAUUGACACUCAUUCUCUAUUUUUGAAAAUCAAAUACAUCAUCACUUAAUAAUGUCUAUUAUAUUUACAAAUUACAAGAAAUAGAUUUAGCCUGCGUUAGUGUUCAACGCGUUUAAAUUAUUUCAUCCGUUAAGCUAAUUCCGUUUAGAACUCUCAAAUGGUCACAUUACAUAGUUAACUUUAUCCCCUUGAAAAUCGUUGUGGGUAACAAGUGUGAGACAUGACUGGUUCUUAAAACAAACAUUGAUCGUAACGACAAUUAGGAGCCAAAUAAUAAAACCAAAUAUUUCCACUUCGUAAUCUUAUAGAUAGAAAAAAAUCUUAGACUUUU